UGUUAUCUUUUUUCACUUGGCACCGUCUUUGACUACACGCGCACACGCACGCGCUGCUGUAAUCAAAUCAGAGGUUCUAGAUUUGGGGUUUAGGGUUUCGCCAUUCCCAAUCGAUUCUCAUCUUCUCACACACAGUUUUGCUGCUAUCUUCUCCACCAAUGGUUUCCGAUAGUAGCCCUCAUUCUCCUCCAGAUGAUGGAUUGAAGAAGAAGCUCGAUGAUGGAUUGAAGAAGAAACUCGAGUACUUGUCGUUGGUAUCAAAGGUGUGCACUGAGUUGGAAUCUCACACCGGCACCGGCGACAAGGUCCUCGCCGAGUUCAUCACCGAGUUGGGUCGCGACUCCGAGAACGUCGAGGAAUUUGAUGCCAAGUUGAAGGAGAAUGGUGCUGAGAUGCCUGAUUACUUCGUCAAAACACUCCUCACCAUCAUUCACGCCAUUCUCCCACCGAAACCGAGGAAGGAGAAGGAGAAGGAGAGGGGUGGUGCUGCCGGUGGGAAGACUAAGUUCAAGGCUCUUGCUAUAGCGGAUGAUAGGGACCGUGUCAAGGAGCUUCAGAAGGAGAUUGAGAGUGAGGCCAGGCAGAAAGAACCGGCAGAUGAUGAUGAUAGAUACGUGGAUAGGGAUAGAAGAGAUAGACGCAGAGAUCAUCGGUAUGGUGGAGAUGACAGAAGGGAUUAUAGAAGGGGAAAUGGUAGAGAUAGAGAUAGAGAGAGGGAUAGGGAUAGGGAUGUGGACAGAGAGAGAGAUAGAGAUCGAGGGAGAGACAGGUAUGAUAGGCGUAGGAGAGAUGGGUAUGAAGAGGAUGAGCGUGGAAGGGAGGAUGAUGAAGGGAGAGGUCGGAGGGAUUCAAGACAUGGGUAUGAAGAGGAUGAGCGCGGAAGGGGGGAGAAUGGCGAAGGGAAAGGUCGUAGCGAUUCAAGACAUGGGUCUGGUGAGCCUGAACUGUAUAUGGUUUAUAAAGGUAGAGUGUCAAGGGUUAUGGAUACUGGCUGCUUUGUUCAGUUGGAUGAUUUUAGAGGGAAGGAGGGUUUGGUGCAUGUUUCUCAGAUUGCUACUAGAAGGAUUACUAAUGCCAAGGAUGUUAUCAAGCGAGAUCAGGAGGUUUAUGUGAAGGUGAUAUCGGUUUCUGGUAACAAGUUGAGUCUUGCCAUGAGGGAUGUUGAUCAGCAUACAGGGAAGGAUCUUCUUCCGUUAAAGAAGAGCUCCGAGGAUGAUGCUCCGAGGAUGAAUCCGCAGGGCUUGAGGGAUGGGCCGGUUUCCAGGACGGGGCUUUCUGGGAUAAGGAUUGUGGAGGAGGAUUCUGUUGGUGGUUCUUCGCGGAGGCCUUUGAAGAGGAUGAGCUCUCCUGAGAUAUGGGAAGCGAAACAGUUGAUUGCUUCGGGAGUUAUGAGUGUUUCGGAGUAUCCGACUUAUGAUGAGGAGGGAGAUGGGUUGUUGUAUCAGGAAGAAGAUGCUGAGGAAGAGCUCGAGAUUGAGAUGAAUGACGACGAACCUGCCUUCUUGCAAGGGCAGAGCAGGUACUCAAUGGAUAUGUCUCCUGUUAAGAUUUUUAAGAAUCCAGAAGGCUCUCUGGGUCGUGCUGCGGCGCUCCAGUCUGCACUUAUAAAGGAGCGGAGGGAAGUAAGAGAGCAGCAACAGCGUACAAUGCUUGAUUCAAUUCCAAAAGAUCUCAAUCGUCCUUGGGAAGACCCUAUGCCAGAGACGGGUGAAAGACAUCUUGCCCAGGAGCUCAGGGGUGUUGGUUUAUCAGCCUAUGAUAUGCCUGAAUGGAAGAAGGAUGCCUAUGGGAAAACCAUUACUUUUGGGCAGAGGUCAAAGCUUUCUAUUCAGGAGCAGAGGCAGAGUUUGCCAAUUUACAAGUUGAAAAAAGAAUUGAUUCAGGCAGUCCAUGAUAAUCAGCUGCUGGUGGUGAUUGGUGAAACUGGUUCAGGUAAAACUACUCAGGUCACACAGUAUCUUGCUGAAGCGGGUUACACCACAAGAGGUAAAAUUGGAUGUACUCAACCCCGUAGGGUGGCUGCGAUGUCAGUUGCAAAGAGAGUUGCAGAAGAGUUUGGUUGUAGAUUAGGAGAGGAAGUUGGUUAUGCCAUUCGUUUUGAGGAUUGCACUGGACCUGAUACUGUAAUCAAGUACAUGACGGAUGGUAUGCUCCUUAGGGAAAUAUUGGUUGAUGAGAGUCUAUCACAGUAUUCUGUUAUCAUGCUUGAUGAAGCCCAUGAAAGAACAAUUCAUACCGAUGUUCUUUUUGGACUCCUGAAGCAGCUAGUGAAGCGUAGACCUGAAUUGCGAUUGAUUGUCACAUCUGCUACUCUGGAUGCUGAGAAGUUUUCAGGAUAUUUCUAUAACUGUAACAUCUUCAGAAUUCCUGGGAGAACUUUUCCUGUGGAGGUACUUUAUACUAAACAGCCAGAAAGUGAUUACCUAGAUGCAUCUUUAAUCACUGUUCUACAGAUCCACUUGACAGAACCUGAAGGGGACAUUCUUCUAUUUUUGACUGGUCAAGAGGAGAUUGAUUUUGCUUGUCAGUCUCUCUAUGAGAGAAUGAAGGGGUUAGGUAAGAAUGUACCAGAGCUGAUUAUUUUGCCUGUUUAUAGUGCCCUUCCUAGUGAAAUGCAAUCUAGGAUAUUUGAUCCUGCUCCUCCUGGGAAAAGGAAAGUAGUAGUGGCUACUAACAUUGCUGAGGCUUCCUUGACUAUUGAUGGAAUAUUUUAUGUCAUUGAUCCUGGAUUUGCGAAGCAAAAUGUUUAUAACCCCAAGCAAGGUCUUGAUUCUUUGGUCAUAACUCCAAUCUCUCAAGCAUCAGCCCAACAAAGAGCUGGACGUGCAGGGCGCACUGGACCUGGAAAGUGUUAUCGUCUCUAUACUGAGAGUGCAUAUAGGAAUGAGAUGUCUCCUACUUCAAUUCCAGAGAUUCAAAGGAUAAAUUUGGGGACGACUACUCUUAAUAUGAAAGCUAUGGGGAUAAAUGAUCUUCUGUCCUUUGAUUUUAUGGAUCCGCCAUCACCCCAAGCUCUUAUUUCUGCCAUGGAGCAGUUGUACAGUCUUGGAGCAUUGGAUGAAGAGGGCCUUUUAACCAAAUUGGGGAGGAAAAUGGCAGAAUUUCCUUUGGAUCCACCGUUGUCCAAGAUGCUGCUUGCCAGCGUAGACCUUGGAUGCAGUGAUGAGAUUUUGACCAUAAUUGCCAUGAUCCAGACAGGCAAUAUUUUUUACAGGCCCAGGGAAAAGCAAGCCCAAGCAGAUCAAAAGAGGGCAAAGUUUUUCCAGCCCGAGGGUGACCAUCUUACACUACUUGCUGUUUAUGAGGCUUGGAAAGCUAAGAAUUUUUCUGGGCCAUGGUGUUUUGAGAAUUUCGUUCAAUCUCGAUCCUUGAGAAGAGCACAGGAUGUUAGGAAACAGCUUCUUACCAUCAUGGAUAAGUACAAGUUGGAUGUUGUAAGUGCUGGAAAAAACUUCACGAAGAUCAGGAAGGCUAUCACUGCAGGUUUCUUCUUUCAUGCAGCUAGGAAGGACCCUCAAGAAGGUUACAGAACUCUAGUUGAGAAUCAGCCUGUUUAUAUCCAUCCAAGCUCAGCUUUGUUCCAGAGACAGCCAGAUUGGGUCAUAUACCAUGAACUUGUGAUGACUACUAAGGAAUAUAUGCGUGAGGUCACCGUCAUAGACCCCAAAUGGCUUGUUGAAUUGGCUCCAAGGUUCUUCAAAGUGGCUGAUCCUACAAAGAUGAGCAAGCGAAAGCGUCAAGAGCGUAUAGAACCACUUUAUGAUAGAUAUCACGAACCAAACUCGUGGCGUUUGAGCAAGCGCCGCGCAUGAUAUGUAACAAUCUGCUUCCUCUUAAUGCAAUGUUUUGGAUACAAUUUAUGUUGCAUUAGUUUUGAAUUUGAAUUUUAUCUAUAUGAUUAUUCAUAUGAUAUGAGAUUUUAGAGCAUGUUUGGUUUCAAGGUUAAAUGAUCUAGAAGCAAUUCUAGUUAGAAUGUAAAAGUUUUAGCUUCUGAGUGAAUUAUGCUUUAGAUUCUGUGCAA